AUGGUACCUCCACAUCGACUUCGCGCGCCAUCGUGAGUUUAUUACUUUGAGCUCAAUCUAUAAGAACACUCAAGACUGACAAUACAUGUAGGCCUGAGCGAUUGUUUGCGAGAGUAUGGGCAGAGGAAGGCUUUGGCUUCCCAACCAGACCUGAGCCUCAACCACCACGUGCACUUACGCCUACAGGCCCAUUGAUUGACAUUGGUGACGAUGAUCAACCAACUACUCUAGUAGCUUCAAGUCCAGCCCCUGGCUCAAUCUCUCACCCAGGUCAUUCGAACGCUGGAGCCACGGCUUCACCUUCACUCACACGACCUGCAACGUCUCGCGGCCCAAGUAAGUGUUUGUUCAAUUGACUCUCUGGGCAAUGCUGAUAUGAUUGUAGCUAUUGCAGCUACUCCCCCAUCAGGAAGGGUUGGUAACAGUUCUAAUACUGAAAUACGGCAAACUGUACAAAAUGGAGCUUCCCAAGCACCCCGCCGUGGAGUUCCUGAUAGCACAAUUGGCCAAGCUCCUCGAUCUCAACGGCAAGGCGGUCCUAUCGACAUAAGUCCCCAACAAGGACCACGCCCAGGCUCAUCAACAAGAGCCCGAUAUGGUUCUGAACACGCUCGUGAGCCCGUUGGAAAGAAGAACUUCCCAAAACCCCUUCCUCUGAUUACAACUCGACAAGCCACUACAGCCAACCUGGAGAAAGAGAAGAAGGAGAGGGCAGAGGUCUAUCUUGGCCAGCCUAGUAAUAGCUCAAUGUGUGGCGUUGAAGUAUGUAUGUAUCGCUGUCAUCAAUUUAACUUGCUAACAUUCCACAGGGCAUAUAUGUGUGGAAAGACAGAGCGCAUCGUCCAACCCAAUUACUAGGCUUCACGUUGGAAGACCUCAACCACAUUAGAUUGCAGUACAAAGUUUGGAUCCGUUGGAAUGAGGAUUUGAGUUCGGUGGUAAUUAUGUCAAAAGCAGGCCCAGGGGCUGAAAAUAACGUUCUCGCGGCCCUUGAUGCUGUUCGACAAGACUACGCAAAUGCCAAAGCAAGAAUCAGAACAGCUGCACCUGUUUACAUCAUGGUCCCUCCAAGCUUCCAUGCCAUCCGCUCAUUCCUUAAACCAGUCACAUAUGAACCUGGUCUGACGAUGAUUGAGCUAUAUGGACAACCAUAUGUCGGACAGAACAUAGCCGUUUGGAACAGAGAGCGUACCUCGAUGGUAAAUAGUGGCAAAGAGAACAUCAAGAAUCACCUGGCAAAGCACAUACAAGCAAUGGCCGUAAUGAAGGGAUGGAUGAGAAUGCGAGUUCACUUUGGACAUCUCAACUUUACAAGUUUCCCGAAAGAAUUUCUCCAGGGAAGGUGUGAUUUUAAGGGUUUCAUAGAGCUUCUUGAAAACCCCCGCAUACAAGCUGGUAGGAGCUCACAAAUCAACCCCACCCAAUACAAUAUACAGGGCUAAUGUUUUCCAGGUGCCAAAUUUGACAGAAAGUGAGUCAAACCAAAAGAAGAAUCCGUUGAUCGUAUCACGCUAACUAAACCUCACCCACAGACUGCUCAAUCCUCUAUCUGCCUUGAAGUUGAAGGGCGAAAUCGAAGCGAUGCCGGCUUUCUGCUCUGUAUUCGGCCCUGCUACGAGUGCAAAGGAGGCCACGUUUAAAGAGUCAGUUUGCCUCUUCUUCGACACAUCCCAGGGAAUUCCCGUUAGACUCGAGAUGGACGUAGACCACAGUGAAGUUGGAGGUUACCAACCGGGAUCGAUCCAAUGCUUUCGUAACAAUCGGAGAAACAAGCACUUGGAAAUUCUCCAAUGUGAUAUUGAGAAGUAAGGAUUCUAAAACCAGCGCUACCUGAAAACUAAAGUGCUAACCACGGGCUGUACAGGAAAAUUGAUUGGUCUCUAGAGCUCAUUACUGACAACAAAAUCAAGGACCCUGAACCCGGAUGGGAGGACUUCAUCAGCCAUAGCAUUAUAGGUAGCCGCCGGCAAGAUUCCCUUGGACUUCCAUAUCCUGGCAUCAUGAUGAGAUAUGAUGAUAAGAUUCACGUUUAUCUUGCGGUAACACGAAGCAAGAUUUCAUACAUGUUGGCGGAAUCUGGCUAUCACAUUGACAUUACGAUAUAUCGAGAAUGGGCUUCUCGAUCUCGUGAGUCUCCCAACACUAUCCCGGAGCCGGUCAUCAAAGCAGGUGUGACGAUGUACCAUCCAGAUUGGGACCAUGAAAUGAUGUCAAUUGAGGAGACUACAAACCAGCGAUCAUGGGAUCCCGAACUAAGCCAAAUCUUUGGCAAGGGCGAGACCAAGUACCAUGGAAUCGAUCACUUCCUCGCCGAAGUUGAAAAGGUUGUGGGGCUUUUGAGUAAUAUAUCUCGUGAGGACUUUGAUGCUUUGAAGACUCCCUCCUCUUGA